CCUCCUCGGCCACCGUAGGCGGGCGCCCGCGCCACGUCCCGGCCGGCGGCGGCAGCGGCUUCAGUUGGCCCUUAGCCUCCCAGGGUCACCAUGGCUUUCACCCUGUACUCGCUGCUGCAGGCGGCCCUGCUGUGCGUGAACGCCAUCGCCGUGCUGCACGAAGAGCGCUUUCUUAAGAACAUUGGCUGGGGAACAGACCAGGGAAUUGGAGGAUUCGGAGAGGAGCCAGGAAUUAAAUCUCAGCUAAUGAACCUUAUUCGAUCUGUAAGAACUGUGAUGAGAGUGCCAUUGAUAAUAGUAAACUCUAUUGCAAUUGUAUUACUUUUAUUAUUUGGGUGAAGAUGAGUGGGGGAAAUGGAUACUCAGAGGAAGAAAUGCCAACAGAAGUUAUGAUUUUGGUCAUUGUGGGAUAUACAUAUCAUAGCUGGUCAUUUUUACACUCAAAAGUAAAGCUGACAAUAAAACCAGA